AUGGGGAUCACGUUCCCAAAAAUUUAUAAUGUCCACUUCGUGGCUAUUAUCGCCACACUAGGUGGUGCUCUUUUUGGGUUUGAUAUUUCAUCCAUUGCUGCCAUUGUCACCUCGCAGCAAUAUCUCGACUUUUUCAAUAAGCCUGCGGGAGCCUUACAAGGUGCAAUCGGUUCGGCCCUCGCUGCUGGUUCUGUCUUGGGGUCAGCAGUCGCUGGUCCUUUAUCUGACAAGAUCGGUCGCCGCGACUCCAUCUUCAUCGCCUGUUUCUUCUGGCUCAUUGGUACAGCUGUACAAGUCGCGGCAGGGAACUCGGGAACCCUGAUAGCCGGUCGCGUAAUCAAUGGUAUAACGGUUGGAAUCACCUCGUCUCAGGUUCCUGUCUACCUGGCCGAGAUCGCCAAAGCGGAAAAGCGUGGUUCUAUCGUCAUUAUCCAACAGCUCGCUAUCGAGUUUGGUAUCUUGGUCAUGUACUUUAUCGGCUACGGCUGCACUUUUAUCGACGGAAAAGCUUCUUUUAGAACUGCCUGGGGCACCCAGUUCAUCCCUGCCUUCUUCCUGCUCCUGGGUCUGCCCUUCUUGCCGCGCUCGCCGAGAUGGCUUGCAAAGGUUGGCCGUGACAAGGAGGCCAUUGAGACUCUAGCUCGGAUCCAGGCCGGAGGGAAUAUUGACGAUCCUCUUGUCAUUGCCGAGUGGAACGAGAUCUCAACUACUCUCAUUGCGGAGCGCGAGGCCGGCAAGGGCUGGAGAAAGUUCAUCAAAAAUGGCAUGUGGAAGCGUACUUUGGCUGGUAUGUCAGUUCAAGCCUGGCAGCAACUGGCCGGGGCAAACGUCAUUGUGUACUACCUCACAUACAUUGCGGAAAUGGCGGGUCUUUCGGGUAACGUAGGCAUGGUGACAUCCGGGGUACAGUAUGCCGUCUUUAUCAUCUUCACCGGCGUCAUGUGGCUCUUCAUUGACAAGACCGGACGGCGGACUCUACUGGUAUGGGGUGCCCUCGGCAUGGGCUUCUGUCAUUUUGUCAUUGGAGGUGUCAUGGCCGCCCACAACUACUCCGUGCCCGAUGGCGUCGAUGGCAAUCCGAACGUCAUCUUUGCCGUUACCAGUGGAGCACCGGCCAAUACUGUAAUCGUCUUUUCAUACCUUUUGAUUGUCGUCUACGCCUUAACCUUGGCCCCCGUAUGCUGGAUUUAUGCGGCCGAAGUCUGGUCUCUAGGGACACGCGCAACCGGCAUGUCUCUUGCCGCUCUGUCCAACUGGAUUUUUAACUUUGCCUUGGGCAUGUUUACGCCACCCGGCUUCAUCAAUAUCAAGUGGAACCUGUUUAUCGUGUUUGGUGUGCUCUGCAUUGCGGCGGCCGCCUGGUUCUUUGCCUUUUACCCUGAGACGUGCGGCAAGACCCUGGAGGAGGUCGAGCUCAUGUUCUCGAAGGACGGGCCCAAGCCCUGGAAGACCAAGAAGGGCGAAUCCAGACUUGUAGCUGAGAUACAGGCCGUGAUGGAGAAGCAUCAUGAAGAGCCUGUAACUGAUGCUGUUGAGGCAAAGGCUUAG